AUUCAUUUCGUAAAAUCAGUUUUCGUGGAAAUGUGAAAGAAAAUCGCGAAAAAACAAAAUAUUAACCAUCAAAUCAAAUCAAUUCUACUUCAAAAUUGUGUUAAACCUACUAUAAAAUGUAGGAAUUCAUGAAACCAAAAAAAUAAUAGUGAAAAUAGCAAAAUAAAUACAUGCGACGAAAGCAAAAAAUCGUAAGGCUGGAUGUUUGUUUUUAAUGCAAUGAUGAUGACAACAAAAGAAUUUUAAAGUUUUUUAUUUUACCCCGCAAAACAAAAGCGACACCAAAGUGAUUAAUUACAAUUUUCUGUCUGUGGCAAAGAAGUAUUUGAACAAAUUGAUAGAUUCAUAGAUUGAUUGCCCCUAACGGAAAAAGGGCAAAAAAUAAUUGAAUUGUUGUCUGCAUUUUCUCUGAUAAAAAAAAAUCCCACAAAAAUUAAUGCUCUUAAAGCAACCAAGUGCUAUUGUUGUGAUAUCGAUUCGGCAUUUUGAGUAGUGAAUUAUAAUUGAUUGUGUUGUGUGUGUGUGUUCCAUGGAAACGCUAUUGUUUCCACACUUGGCUAAUUAUCAAAAAAAGCAAAGAAAAUUUACCUAAAAAGCGGAAACAUCAAGAAAUAGUGGAACAGGCAUUGUUUGUAUAGCUCCUGCACACCUUUGUCCCGGCCAUCAUCAGCUGGUAUAUGCGGCACAGUGGUACAUUUAAUGAAUUGACCACUUAUCCUGAACAUUUUUACGGUUUAUGUGGCUAUUUGUAUAACAGAUGGUACUUUAUGACCCACCAGCAUCGUCACCAAUCUCACCUCUUCUUAUUCUUCUUCUGUUAACAAAACAACACCUACUUCACAUACUUGGAUAGGUUGGCCAAACAAACGACAUUCGAUUCUACUUCUGCCACUGAAACAGCCAAAGCUUAUAACAAAAUUUCUUUUUUUUUUUAAAUUCAUAAUCCAAAAUGAAGAACGACAAUGAUGUUGUGACUAAUCCCAUGGAAGCAAAGGAGCAGUGUGAAAAUUUAAUACCCACGACAUAUGGCAGCACAUGCGCCACCACCGAUCAAUCCAAGUCGCCUUCGUUGCAUGCGGUCCGUAAUGUUGUGACCAUAGCCAAUGAGAGCUCACGCUACAACUCUCCCACCAUCAGUGCUUUGGUGCGUGGUCUACAUCAGACGGGCACCCGCGAUUUACAGACGCUGCAUUUGCCUCUCUUCCAGACAGACGAUGAAGAGGAGGAGGAGGACGACGACAACAAAGAGGAUAAGAAUGGCCUUAAAGUUAAAAUCAAGGCAUCGGGUAAAAAUUCCAAAGAAGCGGAAACAAAAAAUGUCACACUGAUCCAUAAAUCUUCGCUGCUCAAUUUUCAUCUGCAUCCACAUUCACCGAAUAGUUUGUUAGCCUUCACGUCACCAACCAAAAACAACCACCUGCAGGCAUCCGAACUCUCACCGCAUUCGUCUUUGCCGCGUCUUAUUGUUAACAUAGAAUCUGCUGGGGAUAAUAACAACAGCGAAAUUGGUCGCAAAUUGUCCGAUUCGUCAGAGGUGCCCACGAGUCCAGGACGUCGUUUCAGCCAGUUCAAUUUUAAUUUGAGGCGAUUUUCACAUGCCCAUAAUGCGACGAACCUCAAUCGCUUUGGAGAUUCUAUGGGUUCGUUGGGUCAUCGGGCACUUCUGCAAUAUGUCGAGGUUAAUGACAUAUCCGGUCUACGCUCUAUCUUAGACAGUCGCCAUCUGUCGGUUGAUGAUCGUGACGAAAAUGGAGCCACAGUGCUUAUGGUUGUGGCUGCUCGUGGCCUAACUGUAUUCGUUCGAGAAUUUUUGGCACGUGGCGCCGACAUACAGGCUGAAGACAAUGACAAUUGGACAGCAUUGUUGUGUGCCUCAAAGGCGGGACAUUUUGAGAUAGUGCAAUUGUUGUUGGAUCAUGGAGCCGAUUUAGAACAUAGGGAUAUGGGCGGUUGGACCUCUCUAAUGUGGGCUGCCUAUCGUGGCCACACCGAACUUGUUCGUUUCUUCCUCGAUAAAGGUGCUGAUGUCAAUGUCCAUGGCAAUUAUCAUUUGGGCCCUUUACUAUGGGCUGCUGGUCGUGGUUUCAAGGACAUUGUGGAAAUGCUGGUAACCCGUGGUGCUAAGGUCAAUGUGGGCGAUAAAUAUGGCACCACCGCUUUGGUUUGGGCCUGUCGCAAGGGCAACGUUGAGAUUGUAGACACUUUGCUGAAGGCCGGUGCUAAUGUCGAUACAGCUGGCAUGUAUUCGUGGACUCCACUGCUGGUGGCCGCCUCAGGAGGACACACUGAAUGUGUCACCUCGGUGUUGGAGAAGAAACCCAAUGUCAAUGCCCUGGACAAGGAUGGUAUGACGGCUUUGUCUAUAGCUUCACGCGAGGGCUAUCAGGACAUAGCCGCAGCUCUAAUAGCUGCCGGAGCUUACAUCAAUAUACAGGAUCGGGCCGGUGAUACUCCCCUCAUACAUGCCGUCAAGGGUGGCCAUCGCAGUGUGGUGGAAGCCCUACUCAAAAAGCAUGCCGAUGUGGAUAUACAGGGCAAAGAUCGCAAAACCGCUAUUUAUACUGCUGUGGAGAAGGGUCACAAUCAGAUCGUUAAGAUACUGCUGCACACAAAUCCUGAUCUCGAAGCUGCAACCAAAGAUGGCGACACUGCCCUAUUGAGGGCAGUGCGCAAUCGUAACUUGGAAAUAGUACAAAUGUUAUUAGACCGUAAGGCCAAGGUGGGUGCUAGUGAUAAGAGGGGUGACACAUGCCUGCACAUAGCCAUGCGUGCCCGUUCGAAGGCUAUUGUGGAGGCCUUGCUGAGAAAUCCCAAAAACAGUCAAUUAUUGUACAGAGCCAAUAAGGCGGGAGAGACGCCGUAUGCCAUUGAUACGGCCCAUCAGAAGACCAUAUUGGGCCAAGUGUUUGGCUCGAGGCGCUUGAACACCAACGAAGACUCCGAGGGCAUGCUGGGCUAUGAACUAUACUCCUCGGCCCUGGCCGAUGUGCUGAGUGAACCCACGCUGACCACCCCCAUCACGGUGGGCCUUUAUGCCAAAUGGGGCAGUGGCAAAUCGUUCCUGCUUAAUAAAUUGCGAGAUGAGAUGACGAAUUUCGCCCGCCAGUGGGCUGAACCUCCUAUAAGAACAGCUGGUCUACUAUUUCUGGUGUGCUUCCAUUUGGCCUUGAUCCUAGGCACCAUAGUGGGUUUGUGCACUUGGUCCUUUACCUGGGGCCCGGUGGCUGGUGUUUGCAUUUUGGCCUUUACCUAUCUCCUGCUUGCCAUCAUACGUUAUUGUAACUAUCAAAUGGACAUGUACUGGGCCUAUUCCAUUGACCAUGGCAUACAGAAGCGUAUUGGACGUUUAAGACUGAUCUUCCAAGUGGCCUUUUGCCAUCCCCCCGGCGCCCAAGCGGAUAGCCAGGCCAAGCCAGUGCGUUUCCAUUUCGCCGAGGCCAGCAGUGCUUCGCCCACCGGCGAGGGCGCAGUGGCCCACAUGCUGGCCGCCCUCUUUGAGGCCAUCGAAAUCCACUACGGCUGGCUAUCAACUCGCCUGUAUAGAGCUUUUCGUCCCAAGCCCUUGAAAGUCACCGCUGGCUGGCGCUGGCGGCGCAUGUGCUGUGUGCCCAUUGUGGUAAUCUUCGAAAUUGGUUUGCUAACGCUGAUUGCGGGCAUUUCCUUGGUUGUGGCCUAUUUUGCCCAUGGUUCCAGUGUGGAUGGCAACAAUGUGUUGGUCUCCAUCUAUGUGAUAUGUGCUGUGCUAGUUACAAUUAUUUGUACAAAUCUCCAUGUGUUGGCCAAAGCCUUUGGCGCUCUCUUCACAUCGCAGGGACGCCAUCUGAAACGCACCAUACGUUCCAACGAAGGGGCUCCGCUCACCGCCCUGGGCGCAGAGGUGGCUCUGAUGACGGAUAUGAUAAAAUGCCUGGAUGCGUUCACCAAUCAACAAAGUCGCUUGGUGGGAGUGGUAGAUGCCUUAGAUUCCUGUGAUACCGAACGAAUUCUCUCCGUUUUGAAUGCCAUACAAACGCUGCUCUCUUCGCCCAAUAGGCCUUUUGUGGUGUUAAUAGCUGUGGAUCCCCAUGUCAUAGCCAAAGCAGCGGAGGCCAAUAGUCGGCGGCUGUUUACCGAAGGCGGUAUUGGUGGUCAUGAUUUCCUGAGAAAUUUGGUGCAUCUACCGGUGUAUUUGCAAAACUCCGGUUUGCGCAAAGUUCAGAGGGCCCAAAUGACGGCGCUGUUAUUUAAGCGGAACUAUGGAGAGCUGCAGGGUGAUGAUAUGCCCACACUGGGACAUUCGGUAUCGGCCAGACGUUUGUCAAAUGCCUCGGAGAUAAUGUCCAGCCAGGAGAAGCUGCGGGGACCUUUGGGAGGUGGCAGAGGAGCGCCCUCUGGCAAGAAAUCUCUAAGGCUCUCCGAAUCCGUGGCCAGUUCGAUAGGCUCGAAUCUGCAUCGCUUGGGUCAAAAUCCCCAAGGUGUGUUGGAUAUGUCUAAAAUCAUGUUAACCGAUGACUACUUCAGUGAUGUGAAUCCCCGUAGCAUGAGACGUUUGAUGAAUGUUAUCUACAUAACUGUGCGUUUACUGAAGGCAUUCCAAAUCGAUUUUAGUUGGUACCGUUUAAGUUCUUGGAUUAAUUUAACUGAACAAUGGCCCUUAAGAGCCAGCAUGAUUGUGUUACACCAUGAUCAGUUUAUGGAAUCAUUUGAUGAUAGUGUGCCCCUGCAAACCGUAUAUGAAAAGGUACGCCCCAAAUUGGCCUGCCUGCGGGAAGCUGCCCCCUUGCUGGAACUGGAUCGUGAUGAGCGUAAAUUGGAUGCCUUUUUGCAAUUGCAUAAAUCCGAUUUACUGGUGGCAGAUUUACGAAUUUUCCUACCUUUUACCAUUAAUUUGGAUCCGUAUCUAAGAAAAGUUCUGAAGGAGGACCAGCAAUCCAUUGAAGAUGAAGGUUCAGUAGUGCUACAAAAUCGCCCAAGCGUUCAACAUCCCGUUCGCAUGCCUCCAACGCCGACCACAUAUAUAACUUCCCCAAUGGGUCCUUAUCCACCAUAUCAGUUGUUGCAAAACGAAUUCUCUGCAGUUCAGGAAUUACGACAGCGUAAUCUGAGUUCCAGCACUGAACCACCACUGACGCCUUUACUAAAUUCGCCGGUCGAAUCUUUUGGGGAAGAUAUACUGCAAACCAAACUUUCGGAUCUCACAGUGGAGGGUGUCAUUAGUUUGGUAGAGCGAGUCGAAGAUUUGAGACCAGCCUUGUCCAAAUUGUCACCCAUCUUAAGGGAGAAUGCCAUUAGUGGUCGUGUUUUAAAAUACUGUGAACUCAGUGAUUUGAAACAGGUUCUAAACUUAAGUUUCGGCCAUUGGGAAUUGUUUCGAUUGCUAAUCACCACCAUGCGUGACUGUGAAAAGGUACAACGUAAAUUUAAGCCCACGCCAGCUAUAACGGAAAUUCCCACCCCUACUGUAGCUGUUUCAAAAGACACCCAUGAUUCUCAUUCUCUGGUUGUGGUGCCGAGUCAACCACAUUCUAGAAAGAAUUCCACCACAUCACAUUUGGAAAAACAGUCAAAAGUCCAUGAUUACGAUUAUCUGCAGGUUACCUUGGAGGAGCAAAUGAUUUGUGGUGCUUUACAGACCCUUAACGAGGAUGCCUUCGAAGAUGUGGCUAGCAGCGAACGACCCAGCCCCUCGGGCUUGCCCACAGACUCUGAAAUUCAAGGCAACAAUUCGAUGAUAUCGCCAACUUUGAUAAAUGGCAGUCUUUUGCCGCCAGCCUCACCGGUACAACCUCGGCGAGAUUCGAUACUCAAGCACCAGGGAAGUGUGAAAACGGACAAGCGAGUUUCCAUUAAAAAUACACCCAUGAAAGCGGGAACUAGUAGCAGUAGCGGGAUUGCGGGAGGAAAUGCUGCUACUUCUAACAUAGAAUAUAUUUCAGAAAAAUCGAAUGAGUCUACAAGUGGGAACAGUAAGAAAAGACAAGGCAAACCACCGCCAGGACCCCGUCCAGCUUCAUUGGUCAUAACCAAAAAUGAUGGCAGUUCCCAUUUUAAAUUGGUGCGUUCCGCCUCCAUUGAUUAUGAGGACAUUGAAUCACAACAUGUCACAAAUAUACAAAGACAAACAACAAAUCGUACUCUCUUGGAGCAGUUACAUGAAGAUGAAUCUGCCCCUCUAGUAUUUACCGUCCACAAGUGACAUUUUUUUAUUAAAUCAUAUUCUUAUAGAUUUAUUUAUUAUUUCAUUAUAUACACAAAUUGAUUUAUAUACCGUUUAAUAUUAUUCUUAUUAUAAUUCUAUAUAUGUAAUAGGUAUGUAUUCUCUAAAUAGGUGAAAUUGUUACACAAUAUACUUGAAAUGUACAAUUAAAGUAAAUAAAAAAAAACCAAAAUACACCACA